GUCAACACUUUCAAAAACUACCGUGGAAGCCAAAGAAGCAACAGGGUUCUAAACAGAAACAACAUCAUCAUGACAAUGCGCAGAACUAUCAUCGCUAUGCUUUUAGCAGUAUCCUCCUUUGCAGUGUUUGCGAAUGCCAUGUACAUCCCGGGCGCACAGCAUUCUAAGUCAGUCCCCCGUCCUGUGCGACACAUCAGCAAUAUAUAUGAUACUGUCGAUACUGACACCCACAAAACAUUCGGAGAUUCGGUUGGUAAAGCAAUGAUGGGGGUUACAAGACAAUCAGAUUUUAAUCAGAUGAAUACUAUUGUACAGCGAAAAGGUGCGAGCUCGGCGGCGAAGUCUGUGAAUGAUAACAGACGUCGAGAUAUUAAGCGCACUACUAUGAAGCAUGUUUCCCAUGAGAGCAAACCACUCACAGCGCAGAUGGCAGAGAUCAAGCGCAACUUCGAGAUGCGUCUGGGUGACCACUUCAGUGAGCAGUCUCAUUCUGAAUACAUCUAAAUUUAUAUAAGAGCAACAGAGUGAUACUCCUAAUAUAUAUAUAUAUAUAUGAACAACAGAGUGACACUCCUUGAAUGGAUCAACCUAUUCAAAGUCAACAACAUACCUCCAUCAACUACAGCACAAAACAAAAGCCCCCUUUCGGUUGCAAACGACAAUCGCACUCAUGGCUGACACUGUGGUGAUACAGCAAGGGAACGGGAUGUAGUAAGAACAUACAACUACCCCACCUUGUGACUCAUCGGACCUCAUCAGUGCCCCUUCCUUAUUAUAUGGAUACCUACAUCAUUCUGAACUCGACUAUGCUGGACAGUAAGCAUAGAGAAAGUAAGAAAACCUCUUGUUGAUUCCCCUCUCGGUGAACAUCCUUCCAACUCAGCCGGCUACAAUAGCAUUGACUGUGUUAUCCUCUUUUCUACUUUAAUCAGCCGACGAACCAGUUACAUGCAGACUAUAUUAAAACUGUUUAAACCA